CCCCACAAAUCCCAUUUGAAUCCCCUUUAACCCCCAAAAAUCCCUUUAAAAUCCCCUUUAAAUCCCAUUUUAAGCCCCAUUUAACCCCCUCCAUGCCCCGCCGCUUCCUCACUACUCCCCUGGACUCCCUCACCAUCCCCGGUCCCCUCUACUCCAUCCAAAUCCUCCAAGUUGGCUACCACACCCCCACCCCCGCCGGCCCCGCCCGCGCCGACGGCUCCAUCACCCUCAUCUCCGGUGGCCCCCUGACCGUGCUGGUGGACACGGGCGGCCCUUGGCUACGAGACCGUCUCCCUGGGCUACUCCAAACCCAUGGAGUGACCCCCGACGCCAUCACGCACGUGGUGGCCACCCACGGCCACUCGGACCACGUGGGCAACCUGAAUUUAUUCCCGCAAGCCACGAUGUUGGUCGGCUUCGACCUCAGCCGUGGCGAGGGGAUUUACUUGCCCAACGGGCUAGCGCAGGGCGUGCCCUUCGUGCUGCAUCCCGGCCACCUGGAGGUGGCUCCCACGCCCGGGCACACGCGAGCCCACGUCAGCCUGGUGGCCACGGGGACCAGCGAGGGGACGGUGGUGGUGGCCGGGGAUGUGUUCGAGAGGCGAGGGGACGAGCGGGAGUGGCGAGCGCUGAGCGAGGAGCCGGGCGAGCAGCGCAGGAGCCGGCGGCGAGUGCUGGCCAUGGCUGAUGUGAUUGUGCCCGGGCACGGGGAGCCCUUCCGGGUGGCGAGCGACAGCGACAGGGGGCGGCGGGGCCAGGAGGAGGAGGAGGAAGAGGAGGAGGAGGAAGAAGGAUCUGGGCGGGAGGAAGAGGAUGGAGGAGGUGAGCAGAGCCCUGCGGAGAGAGCGUGAGGGACGUGAGUGUCACCUGAGGGUCACCUGUGUCACCUGAGUGUCACCUGAGCUCCAUGGGGACAUCCCUGAGUGUCACUUGUGUCAUCUGAGUGUCACCUGAGCGCCUUGGGGACAUCCCAGGACCCUCAAGAUGUCACCAGACCCCCUUGGGGACAUCCCCGAGUGUCACCUGAGCCCCUUGGGGACAUCCCCAGGACCUUGGAGACCCCAAAAUGGGGACAGGACCCCUUGGGGACAUCCCCAGGACUCUGAAGACCCCCGAGUGUCACCAGACCCCCUUGGGGACAUCCCAGGACCCUGAAGACCCUGAAAUGGGGACAGAACCCCUUGGGGACAUCCCAGGACCCCUGAAAUGUCACCAGACCCCUUGGGGACAGCUCCAGGACAUUGGAGAUGUCACCACAACGCCUUGGGGACAUGCCUAAGUGUCACCACACCCCUUUAGGGACAUCCCAGGACCCCUGAAAUGCCACCAGACCCCUUGGGGACAUCCCCGAGUGUCACCUGAGCACCUUGGGGACAUCCCUGAGUGUUUGAAGACCCCAAGAUGCCACCAGACCCCUUGGGGACAUCCCCAGGACCUUGAAGACGCUGAAAUGGGGACAGGACCCUUUGGGGACAUUCCCAGGACAUUGGAGAUGUCACUGCAGCGCCUUGGGGAUGUCCCAGGACCCCUAAAAUGUCACCAGACCCCCUUGAGGACAUCCCUGAGUGUCACCAGACACCAUUGGGGACAUCCCCGAGUGUCACUUGAGCACCUUGGGGACAUCACAGGACCUUGGGGACCCCCAAAAUGGGGACAGGACCUCUUGGGGACAUCCUUGAGUGUUUGAAGACCCUGAGAUGUCACCAGACCCCCUUGGGGACAUCCCUGAGUGUCACCUGAGUGUCACCUGAGCACCCUGGGGACAUCCCUGACUGUCACCUGAGUGCCUUGGGGACAUCCCCAGGACUCUGAAGACCCCCGAGAUGUUACCAGAGCCCCUUGGGGACAUCCCCAGGACAUUGGAGAUCCCUGAAAUGGGGACAGGACCCCCUUGGGGACAUCCCCGAGUGUCACCUGACCCCCUUGGGGACAUCCCCAAGCCCGCCCUGGAUGUCCCAGUUCCC